AUGAGCCGCUUCGACAGCCAGUGCAGUAGUGAAGACGUCGUCAACAAAGAGGACGAAUGCCUGCCGUCGUCAUCUGAGGAUAGCCAAGACGGCGUCUCAUCAACCAUGGAAAAUGGCGAUGAACCAGAAUUCUCACAAAAACACUAUGACAUUGAACCAUGUUAUUAUAGUUUAACCGGCAAAUCAGAUAGGAAUUGUCGAGGAAGAGUAUACCGGUAUCGAAAAGACAGUGAUCUAAAAGGAUUUCAAUCACACGAUGGGACAUUUUACAGGUUACGAGACUCGGUUUUUGUGGAAGUCUCACAAAACGAGCCGUUUGUGAUAGCGGCAAUAUGCGGAUUUAAAUAUACAAAACGAGAUCACGUGGUAGUGAAACUAACGAGGUACUUUCGGGCAGAUGACAUACCAGAAUUAUCGCUAAAUUUAAUGAAACAAGAACGAGCAGAGCUUGAGAUCAAUCCACAUUUAUGUCCUCGAACUUUGAAUCGGGAAUUAUUCAAUUCAGAAUUACAAAUUCAACAACCUGUAUCAUGCUUAAGAGGCAAGUGCAUCGUCGAAUACGUAAAAGACAUUCGACACGCGCGAGCAGUAGCUGAUUUCUCUGUCGACAAUAACACUUUCUUCUACUGUCUUCACUAUAAUCAGGACUCAACGAAACUGGCGUCAACGCACUACUGUAUCCGAGUCGGUACAGCAUUCCAGGUGAGUGUUGCUACACUGCCACCAGUGGCAACAUGCUCUGUCGGAGACGAAAAAGACCGUGACGAAUUGUUGUACCGGCCGAAUAGCAUCGAUAUUGCUGAAGAAGAAGACUACAUCAAACUGGCACGCUGCUACCGUACGUUUACGCUAAGCGGAAACCAUAUGCUCGAUUCUCAGAAGAACGCAAGGUAUCUUCAGGUCAGCGAUUUGCUUAUGGAUGAGGCUAUCAUUCAAUUGCAUAGAAGCGGUUAUAAGAUUGACGACGCGCUCAGUGAGUUGAACGCAAACGAUCUCAUUCUGACGACAGAUGUCGACUACAUGACACAAGACGAUGCGAAGAAGUUCGCGAAAGGCAUCAAGCAGCUGGGAAAGAAUUUUUCGAGGAUACAUCGGGAACUGUUGCCGCAUCACAGCCGGGAACAACUGGUUUCAUAUUACUAUCUCUGGAAAAAGACGCCAGAAGCAACAAAACCUAAACAAGCUGCACGACGGGUCAAUCCAACGAGUAUUAAACGGCCAACGAAGGAGAGGGUGAAAGCAUCUCGACCAACGUCCACUGAGUACCUAGAUUUCGAUUCUGCAAGUGAGAGUGACGUUGAGAACAACGGACCAUCAGGCAGAGCGUGUCAUCAUUGUUACGGUGCAGAAAGCAAAGAUUGGCAUCACGCCAACGGACUGCUACUGUGCACAGAGUGUCGAGUACACUAUAAGAAGUACGGACAGCAUCGACACGUGGCGAAUCGUCCUACCCAAGUUCCAGCCUGCCUAUUCAAGCGUUCCAAUUCAGACGAAGAAGAAAGUGGAGUGCGGACAAGAGCUGGAAAGAAGGAGCAACGUAAAAGAACACCGUCAUCAAUGAGUGAGACUCCAGACCGUCGAUCGCCAUCAACCGUUUCGAACGGCACUCCGAACCUAGCCGCGGAGGAAACGCCUACAAAGCGGCUGAAUGGAAAUCUGAAGCGACCUCAAAAAAGACCUCUGCACAACGGCGCGAUGAAUGAGAAAGCGAGCAGUUCGGAGCCAGCGUCACCGUCAAGAAGUCCACCACCAAUUCUGACAAAUGGAUUGACGAAUGGACAUGCUCCAGAAGCAUCGACUCCGAAUGGAGAAUCUGUUGUAAAAAAGAUGAAGAUGGAGCAAGUAGACGAGGACAGUGAUGAUGAGGUGGGAAAGAUGACUGAAGGGGAUGAUGAGCCUAUGCCAGUGUUGAAUGGAUUCAAAAAAGAAGAAUCAGUGGAAGAAAUCAAGGUGGAAGUUAACGGUGAUAUCAAGGAAGAAGUCGUCGAUCUGUGUCCAACGACAUCGGUCAGUUCGAGCAGUGCGUCAGAGAAUGGAGUGGAGAGUUCCACGGCUACAGUUUCCCUGGAGGCUAAUGACGAGAGUAACAUUGAAGCUGUCGUCGAGCCAGCUUCAGAAGAGACAGUUGAAGAGGAAGAGGAAACUGUCGAGGCUGACGACUCAACGGAUACAUUUGAAAUUGGAAACGAAGUGGAAUUUGAAAGUAACACCGCCAGUUUUGUCCGCGCAUUCGUUAGAUCAUGUGGUCCACGUUGUGCACGAACUGAUCUUCACUAUAAGAUCAAGAAGGGCACAAAAUGGGAUAAGAUUCUGAUUGAAAGAGAGGCGAAUAAAGAGAAACUGAAAGCAAUUCCACCAGCUCAAAGGACACAUCAUGAAGCGGAAGCAAAGAUGCUCAGUCAAAGUCAGCAGAUUCAAGUGAAAAAGGAGCAGCAAGCCCAGAUUCAGGGUCAGCAACAGGCUCAGCAGCAAUCCCAACAAGCACAACAGAAUGCCCAGCAAAUGCAUAUGCAACAAUUACAGCAGGCCGUUAUGAUGGGUCAAAUUCCAGAAGUUCUUCGAAUGAUGCCCCAACAGUAUGCUGUCGAUCCAGCAGCCCUGAUGAUGAUGCAGCAGAUGAUGAAUGGACAGAAUCCUCAAGGUGUCAAUGUCGCUGCUCUCCAACAGUUCGCUCUUCACCAUCAUCAAAUGGAACAAGCUCAACAAGCUCAGCUCCUGAGAAUGCAGCAGGAGUUCGCUCAUCAACAACAUCAGAAGAUGAUUGCUGAACAACAGCGAAAUGCUCAACAAGCUGCUGCACGGGAACGUGAGCAGCAGCGCGAGCGAGAAAGAGAACGUAUUCAGCAGCAACAAGCUCAACAGGCUCUCCAGCAACAACAAGCUGCAGCUGCUGCUCAAAUGAACAAUCCCCAAAUGCUGCAAAUGCUGCAACAAUUGAUGAUGGCGCAGAACACUCAACAACUCAGCCAGCAGGAUGUGCAGAAGUUGAACGAAAUGAUGCUUCAGAUCCCAACGCAAUCCCAAGUUCAAGCCGCACAGAGAGAACAACAAGAACGUGAGCGUAAGGAGCGUGAAGCUCGUGAACGUCAAGCAAGAGAGCAACGCGAAAGAGAACAACAAGCUCAAGCCCUCCGUGAACAGCAAGCAGCUCGAGAACAAGCUGCUAGAGAAGCUCAGGCUCAAGCUCAAGCUCAAGCGCAAGCGCAGGCUGCCGCCGUUGCUGCUGCCCAACAAGGUAUUGAUCCUCAACAAAUGAUGAUGAUUCAACAGCUUAUGCUCAAUCCAGCUCUCAUGAUGCAACUUCAACAGCAUCAUGCUCAACAGCAGCAACAAGCUCAUCAAGGACAGAAUCCUCUUCAAAUGAUGCAGCAGGUGAUGGCAGCACAAGGUGCCGCCGGAGCCGAAAUGAUGAGGCGACUCGGGCCAGAAGCAGCCAUGCGUCCUCAACAUCCAUAA